GACAAUUUCAAGAGGUAGGUACUUGUUUGCUCGAUAAUUAAUACACCUAUUCGCGCUAUUGAAAAUUAUCAUCUGCUCAUACUCCUUAGUACCAAUCAGAAAAUUCCCCUAUGAAAAUGUUUUCGUCGAGUCCCAAUAUUAUGGUUCAAAUAAACACUUGGGAAAAAAACCAUUGUAUUAGGUACUAGGUAGGUAUGAACAUAACAUUAUCUUAUUUUGAAGUGAACCGAACGUCGCUUGCGCGGCUAGGUAUCCAUUCUACUUUGGUCUCUUAAGUGAACUUUUAAAUUAGGUACAUUACAAGAUCAGUACAUAAGUAAUGAUGAUGCGGUGUGUUUAUUCGGGAAAAAACACUCGUGUUAACAUACAUAGGUACUAAUUAUUACAUUACCUACCUAUACACCAACUUGAAAUAAAUUAUCGCUCGAUUAAUUAUCAAAAUGUCAAUUCGAUUGUUUUUUUGUCUCAUUACCUUUCUAUUUGUUCGAGCGAAAUGCAAUUGCGAAGAAGUAAUCUUCGAACAAGGUAGAUUAUUAGGGAAAGCUUUUUUGUCUAGAAAUGGCACCGAGUAUUAUGGAUUUCUAAGUAUUCCGUUUGCUGAGCCACCUAUCGGGGAGCUUCGUUUCCAGCCUCCUAAACCACCAGCUCCUUGGCAAAGUAUUCGAAAUGCAACUACAUUACCUCCCGUAUGCAUUCAAGAAAUACCUUCUGCUGGAGAUGGUAAUCGUAAAAGAAUUAUUAUUGGUCAAGAAGAUUGCCUAUAUUUGAAUGUGUUUACGCCCAAGAAAAGAAUUCAACAUUUACCUGUCAUGGUAUUUAUUCAUGGUGGCUCAUUUCUCAUGGGAUCCAGUUUGUUAUACGAUCCUUCGUAUUUCAUGGAUCAUCAGAUAAUUAUUGUAACAAUACAUUACAGGUUAGGCUUAUUGGGUUUUCUAAGCACUGGAGACCAUGUACUUCCUGGAAAUAAUGGCAUGAAAGAUCAAGUAAUGGCUUUAAAAUGGGUGCAGAAAAAUAUAGCAGCUUUCGGAGGUGAUCCAAAUAAAGUGACUCUAUUUGGCGAAAGUGCUGGAGCUGGUAGUGUUCAUUAUCAUAUGCAUUCUUCUUUAAGUAAAGGUUUAUUUUACCAAGCGAUUAGUCAAAGUGGCACCUCAUUAGCUCCAUGGGCACACAAUUCUCGCGAAUUAGCUCAGCAGAAAGCUACUGCCGUUGGUAUCGUUAUGGGGUGUCCACAAAAAUGCUCAAAAGCUUUCGUUAAAUGUUUAAGACAAAUACCUGCCAAAGACUUCGUCGCAGCUGUUGAUAAAUUUUAUAUUUUUGAAUCCGAACCUGCCACUCAUUUUCCUGUUGUAGUAGAACCAGAUCUUGAAGGUGCUUUCAUUACUGAAAGUACUUGGUAUCAUAAGGCCACCAACGAGGUACCUUGGAUUGUAGGCAUCAAUUCAGCAGAUGGAGCUAUUCAAACCAUACGACAUUUAAAGAACGAUGGCUACAUGUUGAAACUGUUGAGUAAAGAUUAUCAUCGCGUAUUACCCGUUAUACUUUUUUACAAGUUUUGGAUCGAAGACGAAGACAAAAUAUCUAAUAUUACAGAAUCAUUGAAAAACUUUUACUUUGGAAAUGAAAGUAUCAGUUUUAAAACUCCUUCCAAGCUUAUAGCAUUCCAUACGGACGCGUAUUUUGCUCAUGAUGCCAUCGAGGCAGCUAAACGUCAUAAUAAUACGGUUUAUUUUUAUUACUACGAUCACCGGAAUGAAAGAACGUUCAGUGAAGUAUUUGGAAAAUGUUCCAUUGAUCUAGGAGUCACUCAUGCGGAUGAGUUAUUCAGUUUCUUUUAUUUGAAUGGUUUAUUUCCAAAAGUUACCAAAGGAAAUGAUUUCAAAGUAUCUGAGAGGAUGGUAAAUUAUUGGGUGAAUUUUGCAACUACUGGGAAUCCAAACAACAACGAUGCGAAACAGCUAUGGACACCAAUCCUUUCCGAUGAUUUUGAAUACCUUCAUAUUACCACUGAAAUUGAUGAGAUGAAAAAAGAACUAUUGAAAGAGAGAUACUUAUUUUGGAAAAGCCUUCAAGUAAUGCCUACGUUUAAACCAAAAAAUACUCAAAAGAUUAUUAACGACGAGCUAUAAUAAAUUCAAAUAUACAAUUUUUUUAUUGAGAAAACUGCAGGUUGUUUAAGGAGGAAUAAUAUCUAUUACCUGAUAAUAAAAACAAAUUCUGAGAGUA